GAGCUGCUGCCGUGCAUCACGUACCUCUCCCCCACGCAACUGCAAGUCGUCCGCCACGCCUUGAGACUGGCGUACAGGGCGCAUGACGGGCAGAAGAGGAAGAGUGGAGAGCCGUACAUCAUUCACCCCGUGGAGGUCGCCCGGAUACUGGGGCAACUGGAGAUGGACUGGGAGACGGUGGUGGCGGGGCUGUUGCAUGACACGGUGGAGGACACGGAUGUGGUGUCCUUCGAGCAGAUCGAGGCCUCCUAUGGGCCGGCUGUGAGGCGCAUCGUGGAGGGCGAAACCAAGGUGUCGAAGCUGGGCAAGGUGAAGGAUGGCAGCAAGGCAGACGUGAAGGCAGACGAUCUGCGCCAGAUGUUCCUCGCCAUGACAGAGGAGGUCCGUGUGAUUAUAGUGAAGCUGGCGGACAGGCUACACAACAUGCGCACGCUCACGCACAUGCCGCCCCACAAGCAGAAGUACAUCGCCAUGGAGACCCUCAGUGUCUUCGCUCCCCUCGCUCGCCUGCUUGGAAUGUACCACAUCAAGACGGAAUUGGAAGGCCUCUCAUUCCGGUACGCGUAUCCGGAGGAGUAUCUGGACGUGUCUGAGCGAAGGCUGCACCUCUGCAUGGCUUUGAGACGUUUCAGCACCCACCUUCUCUCUCCCUCUCUCAUCCUCCUCCUUUCAGACGGAGCUGGAGGGCCUCUCAUUCUGGCCACCUUCUCUCCCCUUCCCUCGCUCAACAUCCCUUUUCAGACGGAGUUAGAGGACCUCUCAUUCCGGUACGCGUACCCCGAGGAGUAUCUGGAUGUGUCAGAGCGCAUGCUGCACCUCUGCACGCAGCAACAAACUGCUCUGGAUGAGGCACGUGUAAUGCUAGAGGAAGCGAUGCGGAAGGACAAGUUUUUGGAUCUCAUGACUUCAGGGGCGAGGGUGGAGACUCGGUGCAAGGAACCAUACAGCAUAUUCAAGAAGGUGGUGGAAACAGGUGCCAAGGUGGAGGAGAUUCACGAGAUCUCGCAGAUCCGCGUGGUGCUCUCCAUGGACGAUGCGGAUGAUCAGCCCGAUAGCAGCUCACGGAACAUCGCGCAGCAGGUGUCCUACCAUGUGUUGGGUCUCGUGCACGCCCUGUGGCGGCCUCUCCCAGGCACGGUGAAGGACUACAUAGCGACGCCGAAGCCGAACGGGUAUCAGAGCCUGCACACGACGGUGCUGCCCUUGGGAGCAUCCUCUCUCUUCCCUGUGGAGGUGCAGAUCCGCACCGACCACAUGGACAAGCUCGCCGAGUGGGGCAUAGCCGCUCACCACACCGGCCGCCACCCGCACCUGCUGCUGCACGGCGAGCAGCAGGAGGGGCAGGCGCAGCAAGGGCGGAAGGGGAGGCAGGAGGGGCAGGGGCAGGUGAAGCAGCUAGCUGAUGGGUCGGAGGAUCUAGCUGGGUUGCUGCUUCCAGGCUUGGAUUACUCAACCACAGAUGAUUCUGAGGGGGAUAGCGACAGCUCAGGUAGUGACGACGAGCCGGGCCUUCCUCCUCUUGCCUCUACCAUAAGCAGCGUUGCGGUGUGCGGGGGGGUGACUGAGACUCAGAGCAGCUGGAGCAACGACGCUGACGUGGCGAGGCGGGUGAGCUGGCUGAACUCGAUUCGCGAGUGGCAGGAGGAGUUUGUGGGGGCGAUCAGCGCGCGGGAGUUUGUGGAUACGGUCACGUGCGACCUGUUUGGGUCGCGGAUCUUUGUGUUCACACCCAAGGGGGAGGUGAAGAACCUCCCCAAAGGCGCUACUGUGAUUGACUACGCGUACCACAUCCACACAGACGUGGGCAACCGAAUGGUGGCUGCAAAGGUGAAUGGAAACUUCGUCCCGCCCACGUACGCCCUCUCCAAUGGGGAGGUCGUUGAGGUUCUCACAUACAAGGGCGGGUCGGGUGGCUCCCGUAAGGGCUUCAAGCAACGUCAGCAGUGGUUGCAGCACGCCAAGACAAGAAGCGCCAGACACAAGCUCACCAAGACUCUUAAUAAAGGGAGGCAGGGGCGAUCGGCAGUGGGAGAGGGAGAAGCAGGUACAGGGUCUAGAAAAGGGCGCUCAGGCGAAGUGGGGAGGAGCAUAGAUGGUACACUGGGUAGGAGAGAGGUGGGAUUCGGAAGGGUUGGACUGGGGGAGGUGGGAUCUGAGACAGGGUUGGCUGGAAGAGGGCAUCCUGCUGGUGAAAGCAGCUCAGAGGUUUUGCAGUUUUCUGAUGACGGGGCUGCUGCUGAUGUGGCAUCCACACGGCUGGCGGCGGGCGAUGCUGAUGUGUCGCUGGCUAGUGCUGAUGUGGAGCUGUUGGAAGGCAGGAGCAGAGAUGACGUGGACGGGAGUGGUGGUGCCGGGGUAGGGAGCAGAGAGGAGGGGGUAGAUGAGCUAGUAUCACGGCUGUUAGAGGGGGUGACAGGAGAAGCAAGGCUGGAUGGAAGUGGGGGUGGUGGAGAGGCGAGUGUGGUGGGAAGAGGGAACGGAGAGAGUAUCGGCGUGGCUCGUCCACAGGCAGUGGGCUAUUCGCCACAGCCACAAGACAAGACGGGAGGGUCCGCAGCAGCAGCCGCGCCAGCAGUAGCAGCAGUACCGGAGCCAACAGCUGCAGGGCCCCAGGCAGUGGCAGCAGAAGCAGCAGGAGCCACUGCUGGGGCUGAGAGCAUAUCAUUAGAGUCAGCAGGGGUGUCAGAGAGAGGGAGGGUGCCAGAGGGAGGGAGGGCGUCGGAGGGAGGGGGGGCGUGUGUGGAUGCGUUUGCGGAGUUUGAGGAGUGGCAGACGCAGACCGUUGCCAUGUGGCAGUUCCUGAGUGGCCGCAGAAAGGUGGUGCUGUGGCUGGCCGUGCAGUGCUAUGACCGCACAGGUGAGUGCAGGAAAAGGAAAAGGUUUUUGUGCACUUCUGCUCUUUCUAAGCUCUCCCUCUUACCUGCACCCCUGUCCCGCUGCUGA